AUGGAUGAUGAUGAUGAUGAUUCGGAUGAUGAUGAUGAUUCGGAUGAUGAUGAUGAUGAUGAUGAUUCGGAUGAUGAUGAUGAUGAUGAUUCGGAUGUAGAUGAUGAUGAUAAUGAUGAUGUUGAUAAUUAUGAUUGGGAUGAUGAUUCGGUUGAUGAUGAUGAUGAUGAUGAUGAUGAUGAUGAUGAUGAUGAUGAUGACGAUGAUGAUGAAUCUGAUGAUGAUGAUCAUGAUUAUGAUGAUUUUGACGAUGAUGAUGAUGAUGAUGUUGACGAUGAUGAUGAUUCGGAUGAUGAUGAUGAUGAUGAUUCGGAUCAUCCGGAUGAUGAUGAUGAUGAUGAUGAUGAUGAUGAAUCGGAUGAUGAUGAUGAUGAGGAUGAU